UUGAAGUUUUUUUUUCGAAGAAAGCAAAUUCUUGGUUAUUGCAAAUCGUGCAAAUCAAUGUCAACUCAAUCAACACCAAUACUUUCCGUCUUAACAGAAGAUUUACUCAUUCGGGUCAAUGAGAAACUCGUCCAAGACUCAGAUCGCAAGAUAUGGAGGCUCAUUUGCAAAGAAUUCCAUCGAGUUGACUCCAUCACACGCAAAACUCUACGCGUCCUUCAUGUCGAGUUCUUACCGACUCUCCUCAAGAACUACACCAAUCUCCACACGCUAGACCUAUCAGUCUGUCCAUGUAUCGAGGAUGGAACCAUAAUAUUGUUACUACAUCGUGUUGACCACUCGAUGUGGGCAAGGAACUUGAAGUUUUUGAACUUGAGUAGGGCUAAUGGGCUGAAGUUUGCGGGAUUGGAAAUGUUGGUGGGUGCCUGUAAGGGUUUGGAGAGUGUUGAUGUGUCUUAUUGUUGUGGGUUUGGUGAUAGGGAGGCAGCAGCCAUAUCAGGUUGUGGAGGACUGAAGGAGUUGAGGAUGGAUAAGUGUUUAGGAGUUAGUGAUGUUGGAUUGGCUAAGAUUGUUGUUGGGUGUGGGAGAUUGGUGAGGUUGAGUUUGAAGUGGUGUAUGGAGAUAAGUGAUCUUGGUGUUGAGCUUUUGUGUAAGAAGUGCUUGGAGUUGAAGUUUCUAGAUGUUUCUUAUCUCAAGGUGACAAGCGACUCGCUUCGUUCUAUUGCUGCUUUGCCAAAGCUGGAGGAUUUGGCUAUGGUGGGAUGCCCUUUAGUGAAUGAUGUUGGAUUGCAAUUUCUUGAAAAUGGAUGCCCUUUACUACAGAAAGUUGAUGUUUCAAGGUGUGAUUGUGUUAGUUCAUCUGGGUUAAAUGCCUUGAUUAGUGGACAUAAUGGUCUUCUACAGAUUGAUGCAGGCUACACCAUUUCAGAAUUGUCUGCAAACUUUGUUGAGUGCAUGCAGGAAUUGAAGAAUCUGAACGCCAUCAUAAUUGACGGGGCUCGAGUUUCUGACACUGUUUUCCAGACAAUCAGCAAUAAUUGCAGGUCUUUAAUCAAAAUUGGGUUGAGCAAAUGCACAGGUGUCACCAAUAUGGGAAUUAUGCAGCUGGUAUCUGGCUGUGUCAAUUUGAAGACCAUCAAUUUAACAUGUUGCCGUUCCAUAACCGAUGCUGCAAUUUCUGCUAUUGCAGACUCUUGUAGGAACCUUCUGUGCCUGAAGUUAGAGUCUUGUAAUAUGAUCACUGAGAAGAGUCUUGAACAGCUUGGAUCACAUUGCACACUACUUGAAGAGCUCGAUCUCACUGACUGUUUUGGCAUAAAUGACAGAGGGCUUGAACGCCUUUCUAGAUGUUCCAGACUUCUAUAUUUGAAAUUAGGGCUUUGCACCAACAUAUCAGAUACAGGACUUUCUUAUAUUGCUUCCAAUUGUUCACAGCUUCAUGAACUUGAUCUAUACCGCUGUAUGGGCAUCGGAGAUGAUGGUUUAGCAGCUUUAUCAAGUGGCUGCAAGAAGUUAAGGAAGCUGAACCUGUCAUACUGCAUUGAGGUCACAGACAAAGGAAUGGAGUCUCUUGGCUAUCUGGAGGAACUCUCUGACCUGGAGCUGAGAGCGCUUGAUAAAAUUACAGGCGUGGGUUUGACAGCAUUGGUGAUCAGGUGUAAGAGACUGACAUAUUUGGACCUAAAACAUUGCGGGAAAGUUGAUGAUACUGGGUUUUGGGCACUUUCCUAUUACUCACGGAACUUGCGACAGAUAAAUUUGAGCUACUGUUCCAUCACAGACAUGGCAUUAUGCAUGGUGAUGGGAAAUUUGACACGCCUGCAAGACGCAGAUCUGGUUCACCUCAGGAAUGUUUCGGUGGAGGGGUUCGACCUUGCACUUAGAGCCUGCUGUGUCCGAAUCAAGAAGGUCAAGCUAGUUGCUGCUCUUGGUUUCUUACUCUCCUCUGAAGUACUGGGGAUUUUGCACGCCAGAGGUUGCAGAAUUAGAUGGGAUUAGAACAGUAUUAGGAGAGCAUUAUAAAGGCUUUAUGCCGUCUCAGGGUUUAUAACAUCACGUGAUGUAUCUUAUUUCAUGCUGUCAUGAAGUAUUUCAUGGCCUGUAGAACAUGUCGUUCAUAAUUGGAAGGGUGUACUUUAAUCACUCUGUCUAAGACUUCAAGUAAUAAUAAGUUGAAGUUGACUGGUGAGAUCAA